AAUUGCCAUGUUUUCCCCUUCCAGCGGCUGGCGGCCAAUGGGAGGCGCCAGGGGGCGGCGCCCACCCCUGGCUCGAGGGUGCCGCUGGCUCGGUGGCCGCACAUGGCACCCUCGGCUGCUGAUGGAAUGAAUCUCAGCCAGCCGCCGCAAACCGAGUUCGGAGACAUGCUGCUCGACCUGAGGGACAACUGCCGGGCCCAGGCCCAGGGCCCGCUGACGGCGCUCACCUCGAUGACCGAGAGCAAGACGCCGCCUCCAGGCAGCUCGGCCAGCUCGAGUCCCCGCUUGCCGGCCACGCCGCACGGCAUCGAGCACAUCCUCAACAAGCCGUCCGCCCUGCCCAACGCGCACAACCCCCAACCACCCCUCAACCAGAGGCUCGCGGCCGCGGUUGCUGCUGCGAAUAUGUACUUCAAUCCUGCCAUGCACCAGCAGUUGGGUCGGUCCAACCCGGCCCUGUACUGGCCCGGCCUGCAGGGCCUGGUUGCCAACCCCCUGGCCUGGAGAGACCGAUUAGGCGCGCACAUGUGGAAUUCGCAGCAGAGCGGCAACGGCCACCAACAGCAGCACCAACAGCACCAGCAGCAAGCGUCGUCGCACCCCGACAAGGACCAGAGCAAGAAGAAGCACACGAGGCCCACCUUCAGCGGCCAGCAGAUUUUCGCCCUCGAGAAAACCUUCGAGCAGACCAAGUACCUGGCCGGCCCUGAGAGAGCAAAACUCGCCUUCGCCCUCGGAAUGUCCGAAUCGCAGGUCAAAGUGUGGUUCCAGAAUCGGCGCACCAAGUGGCGGAAGAGGCACGCGGCCGAGAUGGCGACGGCCAAACGACGGCAGGAAGCGGCCGAGGACGAAGUCGAGGAGGACCUCGAAUGAUACAAACAGUUCUACAAAGUGAGCGGCCGCAAGUAAACGCCAAAGACACUUGAUCGUUAAAUGUGAACAUGAAAAAACUUUGUAUAAAAAUGGAUGUAAAAAAAUUCAGGAUUAACCAGAGAAAAAAACACUCUAUUCUCGCGAUGAGUCAUCUUUGUUUCGAUUAAAAUGUGAUUUUGUACAUACAAGUUGAACGUUCUGUUCCGUUCGUCUAGUCAGUUUAUUGAUUGUUCAGUGCAAUGAAAAUUUGGUGUACCAAAAAAUGUGUAAAUGUCAAAUACGGUUAAUAAUUUAUCUUUCAAGGUUAGUGUAUAAAUUAUACUGUAUCACGAAGGUUUUGUAAGUAAAAUAAUAAAUCAUAAAUCGCUGUUAUA